AAAGUCAAGAGGGUAAGCGAGUCACUACCAAGUCACUCUAUUCUCCUCUUCUUCUUGUGUCGUUCGUGUAGUUGUGUUUCAGAAUUCAGAAUCAGGAGAGAGAAACUCAGUAGAAUCCCUUACGGAAACCCUCGAUACUCCGACCGAGUUCAGUCACACCACCGUUAUCAGAUGCAGCUGGGGAAUUGGGUAGCUAAGCAUAACCCAAUUCUUAUUCUUUGAACUUAGAGAGAGAAAAUUAGUUGGGGUUCUGAAUUUAAAGAGAGAAAUUAGUCGGGGGUUUUCGAGAGAAACCAACAAUGGCUCAACAGCUGCAACAGCAGCUCAAGGAGCUGGGAUCCAAGUUGGAAACUCCCCCUUCUUCCAAAGAUUCUCUGGUUAAGCUUUUCAAGCAAGCCAAUACGAUUCUCUCUGAUUUGGAGCAAUCUCCGCCAACACCGAUCUUGGAGUCAAUGCAACCCUUCUUGAAGGCCAUUGUAAGACCCGAGCUGCUGAAACACCAAGAUAAGGAUGUUAAACUCCUAGUUGCCUCUUGUCUUUGUGAGAUCACUCGCAUUACUGCACCCGAAGCACCCUAUAGUGAUGAAAUUCUGAAGGAUAUUUUUUGUUUAAUUGUUGGGACUUUUAGUGGGCUAAGUGAGACAAAUGGACCAUCAUUUGGAAGGAGAGUCAUCAUUUUGGAGACCCUUGCCAGAUAUAGAUCAUGUGUUGUGAUGUUAGAUCUUGAAUGUGAUGAUCUUAUAAGUGAGCUGUUCAGGACGUUUUUCUCUGUAGCAAGGGAUGAUCACCCGGAAAACGUACUGUCAUCAAUGAAAACAAUUAUGCAUGUUCUUCUAGAUGAAAGUGAGGAUAUCCAUGAAGAUCUUCUGCUUAUUUUGCUCUCUACACUGGGACAGAAUAAAAAGGAUGUUACGGUGGCUGGGAGGAAACUUGCCAUGAACGUGAUAGAACAUUUUUCUGCUAAACUCGAACCUUAUGUGAAGCAGUUUCUCAUGUCUUCAAUGACAGAGGAAAGUUCCUUGAAUAGCGAAAUCGAUUACCAUGAAGUUAUUUUCAAUUUAUACCGUUGUUCACCACAAAUUCUGUUGGGAGUUGUUCCUUACCUGACAGGAGAGAUACUGAAUGAUCAAUCAAAAGCACGUCUAAAAGCAGUUAAUCUGGUGGGUGAGCUUUUUGCGCUACCAGGUUCUGCUAUCUCUGAGGCAUUUCAAUCCAUAUUUGUGGAGUUCUUGAAGAGGUUAACAGAUAGAGAAGUUGAGGUUCGGAUGUCUGCCCUUGACUAUGUAAAAAGAUGUCUUCUUUCAAACCCCUUAAGACCUGAGGCUGCUCAAAUAUUUGCUGCCUUGUGCGAUCGGCUCUUGGACUAUGAUGAAAAUGUGCGGAAGCAAGUUGUUGCUGUGGUGUGCGAUGUUGCUUGUUAUAAUCUUGAUUCUAUUCCAGUCGAAACCGCCAAACUAGUUGCAGAACGUCUUCGUGACAAAUCUUUACUUGUGAAGAAAUAUACCCUUGAUAGACUUGCUGAGAUAUACAGGCAUUACUGCUUAAGGUGCAAAGAAGGCUGUGCUAAUGAAUAUGACUGGGUACCUGGAAAGAUUCUGAGGUGUUUCUAUGACAAAGAUUUCCGUUCAGAUGCAAUUGAAUCUAUUCUAUGUGGAGCACUGUUUCCAGCUGAGUUUUCAGUAAAAAAUGUAGUUGAAAAUUGGAUACGAAUAUUUGCGGGACUGGACAAAGUUGAGGUUAAGGCUUUAGAAAAGAUAUUGGAACAGAAACAAAGGUUGCAACAAGAAAUGCAGAAGUAUAUGUCUCUUAAGCAGACAUGCAAGGAUGCUGAUGCAACUGAUUAUCAAAAGAAAGUUAUCCUUUUGUUUCGGGUUAUGUCAAGGUUUUUUGUUGAUCCUUCGAAGGCCGAGGAAGGAUUUUUGACUCUUGAUCAGCUAAAAGAUGCUAACAUCUGGAAAAUUUUGUUGAGCCUACUUGAUCCAAACACUAGCUUCCAUCAAGCACGUGCUAGUCAGGAUGAUCUACUUAAGAUUCUUGGUGAAAAACACCCACUCUUUGAUUUCUUGAAUGUGCUUUCUGUGAAAUGCUCAUUCGUGCUUUUUAGCAAGGAGCAUGUCAAAGAAUUCCUGUUGGAACUUACAAUUCAAAAAUCCACCGGAAACACAGAGAAUUGUUUGUCAUGUGUCAACAUGCUGGUGAUCCUGGCAAGCUAUUGUCCAUUGUUGUUCAUUGGAAGUGAAGAAGAUUUGCUAAACCUCCUUAAAGAUGAGAAUGAAAUUGUAAAAGAAGGCAUUCUGCAUGUCUUAGCGAGGGCUGGUGGAACCAUUCGGGAACAGCUAACGUCCUCAUCUAGCUCUGUAGAUCUCAUACUUGAAAGGCUAUGUUUAGAAGGGACACGAAGGCAGGCCAAGUAUGCUGUACAUGCUCUUGCAAUGAUAACUAAGGAUGAUGGACUCCGGUCACUCUCGGUUCUGUACAAGAAGCUGGUUGAUUUGUUGGAUGAGAAGGCACAUUUACCCACUGUACUACAAUCACUGGGUUGUAUAGCGCAAACUGCAAUGGCAGUUUUUGAAACUAGAGAAAGUGAAAUUGUAGAAUUCAUCAAGAUCAAAAUUUUGAAAUGCAGUAAUAAAGGACAAGACAAACCAAAAACACGUUGGCGUGAUCAGAGUGAACUUUGUCUGUUAAAGAUUUUUGGUAUUAAAGCAUUGGUUAAGAGCUACCUACCUGUCAAAGAUGCUCAUCUUAGAGGUGGAAUUGAUAGUCUCAUAGAAAUUCUAAGAAAUAUGCUGUCUUUUGGAGAUUUUUCGGAAGAGUUAGAAUCAAGUUCUGUGGAUAAGGCUCACUUGAAGCUUGCUUCUGCUAAAGCCAUCCUUCGCCUUUCUAGAUCUUGGGAAAAUAAUAUACCCGCUGACGUCUUCCAUCUAGCUUUAAGGACAGUUGAGAUAAAUUUCCGUCAAGCUCGAAAACUGUUCCUCAGCAAAGUUCAUCAGUACAUAAAGGAUCGCAUCUUGGAUCCAAAAUAUGCUUGUGCUUUUUUGCUGGAUAUUUUCGCGUCCAAACAUGCUGAUAUUGAAGAGGACAAACAUAAUCUUGGUGAAGUUAUACAGAUGUGCCGUCAGGUUAAAGCUCGGCAACUUUCUAUUCAAUCUGAUACAAACUUUCUUGGGCUUUACCCAGAGUACAUACUUCCUUACCUAGUCCACAUGCUUGCCCAUCACCCUAUGUGCCCUAUUUUUGAUAAAGGCAUGGAUGUCAAAGCAUUGGAACCUGUAUAUAGGGUGCUCUAUUUGUUGCUCUCAAUGGUUUUACAUGGUGAAGAAGAUAUUGUUCCUGAAACUAUUAGCGUCGAUAAGGAAAAAGAUAUAUUUCCUGCCGUCGUUUCUAUCUUGCAAUGUAUCAAGCGUUCAGAAGAUGUGGUUGAUAAGUUGAAGUCAAAGAAUUCACAUGCAAUUUCUGAACUUGGGCUGUUGGUGAUCAAGCGCUUAUCUAAAAAGUCAGGGGAGGUUCAAGGUGGCGACGAAUCGGUUUCUUUACCGUCAGUGCUGUAUAAACCAAGUGAUACCAAAGAUGAAGCUAGUGCCGAGGCUGCUGAUGUAUAUACAUGGGUGGCUGAUGACUCUGUGUUAGCUCACUUUGAAUCACUUACGCUCGAAGUCAAUGGAAUUAUCCACAUAGAGAUUCCACAAGAUGAGGUUCUGGAAGAUGUUGAGACAGAUGGAAAUGAGAUCCCUCUGGGAAAACUGAUAAAAAAAAUCAAAUCCCAGAAAAAUAAAGCAAAGGCAAUGGUAAAAGGCCAUUCUUCACCAACUGUAACGAAAAAUGAAGAUGUUUUGAAAGUGGUGAGGGAAAUCAAUUUGGAUAAUCUGGGGCCCUCAAGCAAGAUAGAAGCAAGCAAUGGCCAUGCCAAUCGCUUGACUUGCAAACCAAAAAUUGAAGAUGAAAAUCCGAGUAAGAAAAGGAAGGAGGUCGAUGCUAAAACUACUUCUGCACCCAAGCGCCAAAGAUCAUCAUCUGCGAGGAGUCGUACCAAAUUUCCUUCUUCUAAAACUGCUGCUAAGCCUUCUGCAAAUGUUAGCUCAAAAGAUCCUCUCUCUAUUAAAAAAGAGAGGGACUCGGAAGAGUCAGAUUUGGUAACAUUACCAGUCAAAAGGAAACGCAGCAACAAAAGGAAGCGCCGCAGCAAGAGCUCCUAUCAGGGUAAUGACAUAGAGGGUCAUAAAGUUGAAGAAUCUGAUACUUCUGACCAGAAGAGGACUGAGGUCGUAGAUAAUGACAAGAGUGAAAUUGUCAUAUAUGACAAGUCUUCUGUUGGAUCUGUCAAGAAAAGAAAGAGCAGAAGUGUAUCCGGCUUUGCAAAGUGCACAUCGAAUGAAGGUGACGGUCCUACUACAGAUUUGGUUGAUUGCAGGAUAAAAAUUUGGUGGCCAAUGGAUAAGCGGUUUUAUGAAGGUGUGGUGAAAAGUUAUGAUCCUGAAAAAAAGAAACAUGUGGUAUUAUAUAAUGAUGGGGAUGUGGAAGUGCUCCAUCUAGAAAAGGAACGCUGGGAGCUUGUUGAUGGUGACCAUAGGCCUAAGAAGAAGACAAAUACUGCAAAGAGUCCUCCUGUCAAGACAAACACUACAAAGAGUCCUGCUAAGACAAAUACUACAAAGGGUCCUGCUAAGACAAAUACGACAAAGAGUCCUGCCAAGAUGAUGUUACCCAAGAAGAAGAAUAAGACUUUAGACGAAUCAAGAUCGAGGACAUCGGAAAAGAGACCUUCUAGUGUUAAGGGUAAAAGAUCUCAGAAGAAAACUUCAAGAACUGACCAGAGAGACAGUCUAGAAGGAAAGACUGCAAGUGCCGCAGAGGAUGUAGAGAACCGAUCUGAUUAUUCUGAUAUAUCAAAUGCUGAGCCAACUGUUUCAUCGGCAAGUGAUGUACUUGAGUCUGGUGAUGCUGAGCAGGACUAUGAUGAUGUGGAGGAAAAAUCAAAUACUGCCAGAAAGGAAGUAGACGGGGAGGCUGCUCAGAAAGACACAGAGAACUCUGAUGAAGAAGAAACCCCAAGUCCAGAAAAUGGACAAAAGAAGGCCGGGGAGACUAGUCAGGAGGAUUCUCAUGCUUCUGAUAUGGAAAAAUCACAUGAAGUGGACAAAAAUGUAGAGAAACCCAGUGGAAUAUCACAAGAAGAAUUUGAUGAAGGGAAACAGACAGAAGAGGCUGAGAGUAAUCCCAUGCCAGAUAAAACUGACACUUCAGAUGGUGACGAUACAGAAGAUGCUGAUGAUGAUACAGAAGAUGUGGAUGACGAUACAGAAGAGGCUGAUGACGUGCCUCUGAGUACGUGGAAGCGACGGGUAGCGAAAUCACAUCAAUAAAGUAGAGCUAGUUACCAGUAUCAGCUGCACAAACCUUCAUGGAGAAUAGAACGGGAUUACCAUACACUAUGCAGAUCCUAUAUGUUUUGGGUUACUGCUGUCUUUUGAAUCAGGAGGAAAACUCCUCUUUUCAGCUGCUGCGUUUAUCUGAUGCUUGUAGGUCUUUUAGCAGCAACUGCAGUAAAUGUCAAGUGGUGUCGGAACACUUAUCUUCAAGCAUUUAUCUGAUGCUCCACUUCCCUAGCAGUGAGGCUGGUUUGUAUUGAUGCGGUGAUGUAGCUAUUGAUUGUAGGCAAAAUUGGUGGGGUCACAUGUACAGUUAUAUAGGCUGUUUGAUCAGUCAGUAAUGUAGCAUGGGAUAUCAUAUGUUUAUGUGCAUGUCUAACAAAGUGCCGGGGCAUUCAUCUUUACUUGUACAUAAACUAUAUUGUAUAAGUACUCUUCUUUUUUGUAGACAAACACCACCCCUGCUUCUGCCUAACUGCCACCCCGAGCCUAAACCUUUAAGAAGAUUGCUUAGUAUUUUGUAUUUUACAAAGUGGUUCUGCAAUGGAAAUUGUCAAUCUUGUAUUA